AUGAAGAGGGUGGAUAAGGAAUAUGUGGAUAGUGAGUUAAAUAAGAAGGCAAAUUUGGUUUAUGUUGAUGAAAAAGAUAAUGAAAUUAAAGAAAAGGUUGAAUGGUAUCAUGAAUGGACAUUUGAGACUUUUAAAGUUAAAGCCGAUACAGAAUGGGUUUCAGGAUGUUUAGACCUUAAAGCAGAUAAAACAUAUGUUGAUGAAAAUUAUGCAAAGAAGUCGGAAGUAAAUGAUGUGAUUACAAGCAUGAAAAAUGAAAUACUUCAAACAUUAUAUCCUGUUGGUUCUAUUUAUACGUCAAUGAACUCAACAAAUCCAUCAACAGUUUUAGGUUUUGGUAUGUGGAAGCAGAUUGUAGAUAAAUUCUUAUACUGUGCUAGAUAUUCAAAGCAAACAGGAGGUUCGAAGAAAAUUAAAGAAGCAAACCUUCCACCGCACACUCAUACAGGAACUACAAACACAACAGGUAAUCAUUCACAUUCAAUAACAAAAAGAUGUUAUAUAAAUCUUGCAGCGGGUUCGGAUAGAUGGGGAAUGAAUAGAUAUGAUAUCACAACUGACCCAGUAGAUUCAAGCACAGGUAUUUUCUGUGGAACCUCAGGAAAUCAUUCACACACUUUCACAACAAAUCCAACAGGCUCGGGUAAAGAUUACAUGCCACCAUUUGUGACUGUAUUCGCAUGGUACCGCGUUCAUUGA